CUUUCGGUAGCCGACAAGGCAAAAGUGUACGCAUUCUAAUCUCUAUAGCAGCCGGAUCGAUUCCUUGUCGCACAGUGCAUCGUUCGCAUUUCUGAUAUUCAAAUAACCUGCAUAAUAUUUCCGUCCUUAUAAGGAAGUGUUGAAGAGUUUCUUUGCUAAUUUCAAACAAGUCUCUGAUGUGAAAUGUUACACGACGAUGGCGUUUCAAGUUAAAACAGUGAUAAUACUAUUAUUUUUCACGCUUCGAGCCGGUACGCCUGCGCAUUUUCCCAAUAUAUUGCCCUUUUCUUCGUGGUUGGUACGAAACCAAGAGGAUGUUGGAGGAAAUCCUGAGGGUGACGAGGUACAAGUUGUGUACUUGCCGAAGCCGGUGCCUCGAGAAGCAUUAUCAUCGUCGGAUUCAUCACAGGAUACAGUUCCAUUUCCCUACAGCUUUAAGGCAUUCGGAAGAAAUUUCGACCUUCAAUUAGUUCCGAACAGACGCCUGGUGUCACCGCAAUUCCGCGUGUGGUCAGAGAGGGGUGAGGAGGACCCGUUGUCGGAUGUGGACGCAAACUGUCAUUUCCUGCACUCCGGCCCUGGUACCGUAGCUGCGUUCUCUGCGUGCAAGGAUCACGCUUUUCACGGUUUAAUCGUGACGGAGAACUCAACAUACGAAGUGCGUCCACUCUCGAGGGGUGCGGGGCGAGCGGAACCCGCGCGGCAAGGACGCAGCGCGCACAUCAUCCGCCGCGCGACGCCGCCGCCGCUGACGCACGACGACGCCAGACCGCUGCGCCACAGCCCACGACGUCCACGCGUCCAUCCGUCUAAGCCCGCCCCUUCCUCCUACACUAUUGAAAUAGCCUUGUUCCUAGACCAGUCCGCUUAUAAAAUCUUCCACCCUUACCUCAACUACAAUGAAGUCGAUCUUCGGGAUAUGUUACUCGCCUACAUUAAUGGAGUACAGGCUCUAUAUCAUCACCCGUCUUUGGGGACACGUAUCCAACUAUCCCUGGUGCGCCUCACGCUGCUCCGGACGCAGCCGCGUGAGUUGCCAGCCCAUGCGGAACGGGGCCGGCUGCUUGACUCCUUCUGCGCGUACCAGCGCUCCCUGAAUGUGGAGGACGAUGACGAUCCGCAGCAUUGGGAUAUGGCUUUGCUGCUUUCUGGGCUAGACUUCUACUCAGAAGAAGGCGGUCGUCGCAACGGAGUGACGAUGGGUCUCGCUCCCGUGGGGGGAGUCUGUCUACCGGCACAUGCUUGUGUUGUGUCCGAGUUCGGCACAACGGACACUUUGGGCCGACCCUACCCAUCUGCCGGCUUCACCUCCGUCUACAUACUCGCUCAUGAAAUUGGACAUAACCUUGGCAUGCACCAUGAUGGCUCAGGAAACUCGUGUACGCGAGAGGGAUAUAUUAUGUCACCAUCUCGAGGCACCAACGGUGAAGCCACUUGGUCGCAUUGCAGCGCACGUGUCGUCGCUGAUUUGCAGUGGGCAACUUGUCUAUUUGAUAGCGAAGACGACUUAGAUACACCAAACGAAUUACAACAUGGUAAAUUCGGCGGAUAUCCUGGUGUUACUUGGGGAGCGAAGAAGCAAUGUGAGGUGCUCUUGCGUGACAAAGAUGCAGUUCCAGUAGACGGGGGGAGUAAUCUGUGUGCACAGUUAACCUGCCGGACACCACAUCGUGCUGGGUUUUAUUACUCAGGACCGGCUUUACCGGGAACAUCCUGUGGAAAUGGAAAGUGGUGCGAGGGCGGUGCGUGCCAAAGCAUGGAGCCGUCGUACAAGCCGAGCGCGGUUCCCAGCGGCGGGGACACGUGGAGCGCGUGGAGCUCGGGCGAGUGCCGCUCGGGCUGCACGCAGCGCGGCCGCGGAGCGCUGGAGCGCCGCCGCUCCUGCCCGCCCGCCGCCACCUGUGACGGCGCGUCGUACGAUGUCGCGCUCUGUGAUGAUACUAAGGUUUGCGGCAAGAAAACGAGAGUAAGCGCAAACGACCUGGCUGCCAGAAAAUGUACUGAAUACGCAAGAAUGCUUCCCGAGCUGGAUCCUCGAGGUGGAGGCUUGCAGGCCCCUCACGAUCCGACUCGUAUGUGGAUGGGUUGUGCUAUAUUCUGCCGGCGUGCUGCUGGCGGCGGCUUCUACGCGCCACGAGUCGAGCUGAACGAUGCUGGACUCGACCCAUACUUCCCGGACGGCACCUGGUGUCAUCAUGACGGUUCUACGAAUUACUAUUGUCUUCAACACCACUGUUUACCCGAGAACUUCAAGAUGACUGCGCAGUAUCAUAUUUGGGAACUGCCUAGUGAAGACGUGGGAGGGCCGUUCAACGCACGGGCGCGAGCGGCCCCUGAUGAUGACGACGCCCUCGCAGCUUUACGUUCUUACCUUUCCUUAGAUGAAACAGGAACUCCCUAUGCUCGAGCCGCGAUACCACCACAAAUGCCCGAAGAACCAGAAGAUAAUUGGGAGGUUAUGGACUACGUAGACAUACCUUCAAAAAAUAAUUCAACAACAACUAAGAAUUAAAAUAUUCUAUGGGUACUACAUCAUUCCAGUGGUUUGCCAAACAUAAUUUUAAAUUUGUAUGUGCCUGUAAUAUGUAAUGUGUGACUUUUGAGGUACAUUAGGUACAGAUUUAACAUGUAGAGUCGUAAUUCUAAACUUAGAUACUUAAUCGUUACCACAACUCAUUCGAUCUUACAGAAUACGUAAUGAGAGUAUACGUAAUUUAUUACAUGUUUUAAUUUCAAUUCAAUUUGAAAAUCAUCCGUAAUUUAAAUGUAAUAAUAAUGGAAGAGUGUAUAUAUAUAUGGAGGUUUAUAGUUGAUCAAAUUUAUAAGAUUUUAUUUCAAUGCUUAUCUACCUCCAAGAUAUGUCUAUCUACUAUAAUAUAUAAACUUCCCUGAGUUUGUUUAACAAUUAUUAGAACAAAUGUUUAAAAUAAAACAAGUAUUUACCAACACG